CUUCGCGUUCUCUGCUUCCUUUGACAGUCACGAAUAACAAACAGACCGUCGUUCUCCAACUUCUUACAAAAAGCCCUACAAAAAGUUUUGGUUCUGAAUUCUGAUGGUGGUAGGAUCAUCAGCUACGAAGCAAGGCCUGCCUUCAUUCGGAGCAUCUGCAGCUACCAGAAAUGCGAUCGGCAUCGACAUGGACAGGAGCUCCCCCGCUGCUUCUGUAGCGACGCCGAAUGAUGAAGCUCGGCAGUCUCACAACGCUGAGUCCGUUACGGAAGUGAAUUUAGGUUUCACAGAGAGAGCAAUUUCCGCUGCCGGAGCUUCCGUUCUCUCCGCAAUCCUCGUUAACCCUCUUGAUGUCGCCAAGACAAGGUUGCAAGCUCAGGCUGCUGGUGUCCCUUAUGAUGGUAUUGGUAGGAUGGAGUCUCAUGGAGCACAUACUAAAUGGGAUAUGAAAUGCAACUGCAGCACAAAUGCAAUUUUUGGCACUGAGCCUGCAUGCUCUUCAGAUUCUGCUCGGUACAAAGGGACUGUGGAUGUCCUCUCCAAAGUGAUACGCCAAGAAGGAUUUACUAGAUUGUGGAGAGGCACGAUUGCAAGUUUGGCGUUGGCAGUCCCUUCUGUACGUUCUUCUUCACAUAGGAUUGUUUUUGGUAUUUAUUGAGCCAUAAAGGUGGGGAUCUAUUUGCCUUUAUAUGACAUUUUCCGAAAUUCUCUUGAAGAGUAUGCUUUGCACAGUGCCCCAAUAGUUUCUCCAUAUAUACCCUUAGUUGCGGGUUCAUUGGCAAGGUCAAUAGCAUGUAUCACUUGCUACCCAGUUGAGCUUGCAAAAACGCGGAUGCAAGCUUUCAGGGAUACCCCAAAUACUGUGAAGCCCCCAGGAGUGUGGAAGACAUUGUUUGGGAUCAUUUCUUCUGUCCGAAGUGCGAAUGGGCAUCAACACUCAAUUCAAGUGUACCGGCCAUUGUGGACAGGACUGGGGGCACAACUUGCUCGGGAUGUCCCUUUCUCUGCAAUCUGCUGGUCAACUCUUGAGCCAACUAGGAGAAAAGUGCUGGGUGUGAUGAAUGAAGAAAGGAGUGGAGGCAGUAUAAUGGGCGCAAACUUCAGUGCCGGUUUCAUUGCAGGGAGCCUUGCUGCUGCUGCUACAUGUCCUUUAGAUGUGGCAAGGACCCGUAGGCAAAUAGAGAAUGAUCCUAAGAGAGUGCUGGAGAUGACAACUAGAAGAACAUUAAUUGAAAUCUGGAGGGAUGGGGGCAUGAGAGGAUUGUUCACAGGAGUUGGGCCAAGAGUUGCGCGAGCUGGGCCAUCAGUCGGAAUAGUUGUUUCCUUCUACGAGGUUGUGAAGUACACAUUGCAUAACAGGUAUAGAAACUACUGAAGUCGUCCCACAGAAGAGAGGAUGACUUUAGGGUGUAUAGAUUACUCAGCAGUAAGGGUAAAUUUGGCUGAUCUAAGCACCUCCUGUUUGGUGGGGGUUUUGCCCUCGUUCUACCCUGCCAUUUGUUUAUGUUCUUUAGUUAGUUCAGUAAGUUAAGAAGAAAAUGUUCAUUCAUUUGUACUUGGCAUUCAGGCAAGUGGAUGAAAUAAGGAAAGUUUUGUUAAAAGUUAUUUAUUAGACUGACAGUAUAAUGACUAUAAUCCCUCCGUUUGUUUUUACAUGCUCCAUUGGGGUUUUUCCAGAAUGAAAAAUUGGGGAA